AUGCUUCAGCAAAAAAGUUAGCAGUCUUCAGGAAGUAGGAGACUGCAACUUGGCCAUUAUUUAUUCUCGAAUUCACGAUUGAAAAGCGAUUGAUCAGACAAAAACUGCUUUGAAUGCACGUAAGUCCAGAAAGACUUUUCGAAUCCGAGCUUUCAAAAUCAGACCUAUUGAAGUAAGCGAGUUCUGGAGAGAGGAUAUAGUGAAAAAGCUGAAAAAAACGGUGUGAAACUAUUCUCAAGGGCGUUUCGAAGUUUUUCAACAGGAAACAUGGUGUUCUCAAACAAAAAUGACCUCGUAUAGUCCAUCUGAAUGACGAGGCGUCAAAACGCAAAAGCCUUCCAAAGAAAAAGUCACUACGCUUUUACUAUCGGGUUGGUAGGGAGCUGAUUAGAUUUUUUGGAAAGCCGAAGACUUCUUUUACCGGGGAAAAAAGUUUCUGAUUUCAAAUCGAAGUUUGUUCCAAGAUAUGAUUUUUCGAAUCUCAAGAGAAAAAUCUUCAUUUUCACGAUUUUUGGUUUUUUGCUCUCAAAUCCGGUCUUUCUUGAGCAAAUGAGUUCUUCUUUUGGGAAAAAGUUACUGCGUAGUUAUUUAAAAUUCGUGCGCAGUUUCAAGUCAUUUGAGCCACUUUCAGAAAGAUUAUGCUCGAAUAACCACUUUGAAAUACCUUUAUGGCCAGUACUGUAGAAGUAAAAGCUGAAUAACUUUCAGUUCACCCGGUUUACAAAUACAAAGGCCAAGCGGGGUCGAUCAGAAGUAUAGAUGGACAUCCGACGGCGCCCCUUGUUGUUUCUUGUGGAAUCGACAGAUUUGUCAGGGUUCAUGACAUUCAGACGAGAAAGCUGGUUCAUAAGGUUUUGGAGCCUGAACUCGGUGAAUUUCUAUAAAUUUUCAAGAUCUACUGCAAGACGAAGUUGAACAAGGUCCUCAUGAGGAAGGAGGUCUCGAUCCUGAACGACGGUGUCAAGAAGGAGCACGACGAGGAAGAUUGGAAUAAGAUCAAGGUGGGGGUUAAGGGACUACUUGAGUGAAAUUUCUACCGCAGAUAAAACUAUUUAACAAAAAUACAAAAAUAAUGUUUUAACAAAUUUUCAGCGAUUUUGAUCAAGUUUCUGUCAUAAUAAUUAUUUUCUCAUUUCCUAGGGAUUCCUAUAGGGUUUUUAGCUUCAAGAUCACUGGAUAUAUAUAUUAUUAUAUUUGGGGAAACUCAAAAGUUAAAAAGAGGCGUGACGCAAAAAAAGAUUCAGUGCUUUUUUUUUCUCAUUCUUAUAGUCUGUUCAGAAUGUCAAAGCUCAAAUUCCAGCUCUUACUUAGAAAUUUUAGAGAUCCCUAUAGGGACUGGGCGGGAAACAGCCUCUAUAGGUACCGAAAAGCGGUCCCUAUAGGGAUAAAAUCGAGGUGGUCCCUAUAGGGGUUUCGGGUCUGACCUCUUAGCCUCUAAAGCUUAAGUGGUCCCUAUAGGGGUCGUUCAAUUUUGUUCAAAAAAGUUGUUUUUCAUUUUUCGCAUAGAAAUGUUUCUUCGCAGAGAAAUUAUUGUUUAGCAUGUCCCCUAUAGGGACCACUUUUGCAAGCUUUAGUGGCCCCUAUAGGGGAUCUAAAGUGGUUCCUAGAGAAGACUUUACAAGGACCCCUAAGGGACCACUCUGCAGUUCAAAGUAUGCAUAGAACGAACCAAUCAGAGAGCGAGCCCUCCACAGAGCGUUUUUUGAAAGCGGAGUUUGCUGCUUGAAAAAUCUGAAAUCUGAACAGACUAUAUCCGAUUUUUCUUUUCACUUUUACGAGAAACUCGAAUUUGCAAUGUAACUAUGGAGAGGAGGCGGAAAAUGAGGUACCAGAAAAAAUAAUUGAAAUAAAAAUGUCUACUUCAGGACAAUAGGAAGGUUUGGAUCGUACAUUUUUCCUCAAAAAAUUCUCCCUUUUUUAGAAAGAGGACGUCGAGAGCGACGAGGACGAUGAUGAUGACGUUGACGACGACGACGAAGAUGACGACGACGUUUGGGAGAAUCUUCCAGAAGAUGACGACGCCGUGAAAGGCAAGAAGACGAAGAGGAAACAGGUUUUUGACCAGUAAUAAUUUGAAAAAUAAAGUACUAAAUUUAGACGGAAAACGCGGAGAACGAGUUGCCGAAGAAGUUGAAGAAGCCGACAAAGGGCCGGAAAAGGAAGGAGAGCGAAUCGAGUCAUGAUGACGUUGAAGAGGUACAGAGAAACUAAGGGAAGAGGAGGAUAUUUGUAGUCUAUGAAUACUUUUGUGGGGGAAAAUGAGACAGUUUCUACAUAUUUUUGACGUGGAAUAAUCAUAGAAACCUGUGCCAUUCAGAAAUUUCACAUCCUGAUGAUAUUUUUAAAAAGCGGAAAAUGAGGUAAAAAUAAUCUUCGAGUCAUGAUGACGUUGAAGAGGUGCAAAAACUAGGGGAAAAGGAGGAUUUUAAAUUUUCGAGGAACCUGAAAACCCAAGGUAUUACACAAAAUAAAGCCCAUUUAGGGCUCAAAACUGUAUUUCUCAAAGAGUUUUCUUCAGUUACAGGGUUGUUUUCUAAAAAUUUUCGGUUUCUUUAGCUUCUUAUUUGAGUAGUCAAAAGAUCACCACAACCUUCUUUUUCCUUCAAGAUCGAACCAACUGGAGAGCCAAAAAAGAAGACAAAGCUAUCGCGUGGGAAAAAGCGGAAGGAGGAAGAUGAUGACGUCAUCGAGGUGAAACAGGAGCCUGCUGAUGACGAUGAACUUCCCCCUACGGUUGCUCCCAAACUGAAAAGGAAGAAAAAGAACAAGUCUUAG